AUGUCCCAUAAUCAUACGGGAUUUAUUGUGAAGCCAGAACCCAAGGAAGCCACUAUUCCCGCAUAUUCGGCUCACACAAGCUUCUCCACUACGGUCAAAUCUGAGCCAAAUGACGCGGCACGCGUCUUCCUCGACCGUGGCCUUCCGGUGCCUUCAUAUGCUCAAAAUAACUUGAGUUCAACUCGAAACUCUCAGCCUACUACCUCUUCAGAGGUCGCCAAACAGGAAGAUGGCACCCCCCAGCCUGCAGCUGUCACUGACAAACCGAAGUUUUUCACUAUUUACAAGAACGCACAAGACAUCUCCCAUACUCCGGAAGGCGCGCUCAAAGAGGGGUUGGGAAUGGUGAAGACAUUGAAGGAGAACCUCAAAAAGCUGGAGCUCGGUAGCAAGCUGCGACAAGAAGUCUGGGAUCGUGAGAUAGCCAACCUGGAGACUCAAGGGUCGCCGAAGACCUUGAUAGCUGUUUGCGGGGCAACCGGUGCUGGAAAAUCUUCUAUACUAAACGCCGUACUAGAUGACAACGUUGUGCCUACUAGCGGCAUGCGAGCUUGUACUGCCGUCGUCACUGAGAUUGCUUACCACAAGAAGUCGACAAUCGACGCUGAUAUCUCCUUUCUCUCAGAAGCUGAAUGGAGGCAGGAACUCGGGGUUUUGAUACACGACCUUGUCGAUGAGGAUGGCAACAUAAAGCGGAGCACAGAUCUUAAGAGUGACGCUGGCAUUGCUUGGCAAAAGGUACACGCUGUCUAUCCAGCUAUCGAACAGGAAAAACUUGUCAAGAUGAGUGUUCCGCAAAUCCUCAAUUAUGAUCCCCAAAUCUUGCGUAUUCUUGGUACAAUGAAGAACAUUUGCGCCAAAGAUUCGAAAUCUUUUGCGAAAGAGAUAGGCAAAUAUAUCGACUCUAAGGACCAGAAACGUGGUAAGAAGGAUAAGGACAAAGACAAGCCUAAGGAGCCGAGCCUCAUGGAUAAAGUCCGCAAUGCUGCUGGGAUGAUGAUGCGAUACACCGCUUCGACCUCCAACACUUCUCAAGAUGAGGUCAAUGAUGCUGCACUGUGGCCCCUUAUCCGACAAGUCAACGUACGCUGUAAGGCUGAAGCGCUCUCGACCGGCGCUGUGUUAGUGGAUCUUCCUGGUGUUGCUGAUGCGAAUGCUGCACGAAACAACAUCGCCAAGGACUACAUGAAAAAGUGCAAUUGCAUAUGGAUCCUCGCGCCAAUCACUCGCGCCGUGGACGAUAAAACCGCGAGAGAUCUUUUGGGUGAUGCGUUCAAAAUGCAGCUGAUGAACGGAAACUAUGACGACCAUGCAAUUACUUUUAUCGCUAGCAAGUGUGACGACAUCUCCUGCUCUGAAGUCAUCCGUGCCUUGCGCCUCGAGGAUGAUCCUGAACUCGAGAAUAUUGAAGAUCGUUUGUCGUCUCUGAAGUCUGAGACAUCCGAAUGGAAGAAGAAGAAAUCUGACGCUGAGAAAGAGAUCAAGGGGCUUCAAGAAGAGCUGGAGGGGAUCCGGGCCCAAUGCAAGGAGCACGAAGCACACAUUGAAGCGUUGAAGAACGGCGAAACCUUUGUUUCUACUCUACAGAAGCCGUCUUCGAAUGGCAAAAAGAGAAAGAACUCGCGAGGAGGCAAGAAAGGCUCUCCAAAGCGAAGGCGAAGUAUGGCCAGUGACGACGAGGACGACGACUUCAUCGACGAUGAUUCAGAAAGCAGUGCCAACGAGAGCGAUAGCGACAAGGAUUCUGAUGACGAGAAAGAUUCUGAUGACGAACAAGAGAAUAGCGAGCAAGAAGACGUCGAGAUGGCAGAAGUCACAGAAGAGGAUCUGAAGGAGAAGAUCAAGCAGUCAAGGGAAGUCAUCAAAGCUGUGCGGGCGGUACUCAAUGAAGUUCGCACCCGCAAGAAAGAGGCGAGCGACACCAUAUCUUCUCUUGACAAGAAGCUUGCGAAGGUGCAGAAGGAGAAGAAUGCCUUUUGUUCCUUGAAACGCUCAGAGUUUUCUCGCGAUGUAUUGAAAGAGGAUUUCCGCGCAGGAUUGAAGGACUUGGACGAUGCCGCAGCUGAGGAACGCGAUCCACAGAAUUUCAAUCCAAAUGUCAACCUGCGUGAUUACGACGCUAUUGAUCUCCCCGUAUUCACUUGCUCAAGUCGCGACUAUGUCAGAUUAAAAGGUCAGGUCAAGGGCGACGGCGAGCCUUCUUGCUUCUCGAAUAUCCACGACACUGGCAUUCCGGACCUCCAGAAGUGGUGCCACCAGCUGACGAUCGCCUCCCGAGAAAGGGCUGCCAGGUCUUUUCUGACCUACCUCAAGGCAUUUUCUCAGUCGAUCCAAACAUAUGUGCAAGGUAUCGGUGACGUUACGGCAAUCGACCGCGAAGCUUUGCGAGAAAAAUGGGAGUCCCGAGCGUUCGACCAGACUGAUGACUUUGCUGCGCGCGAUUUGGAUGAUCCUUUAGAUGCCAUCCUUGGCGGACUUGGAGCCGGCCUGGGUGCCGGUCUCUACACAAUGAACAAGCCUGCUCCGAAGGUCGAUACACAUGGCCAACCUACUGGAAUUACCCCACGACUUUGCACGGAAUUCGCGAAAAUGGUAGAUAAUUGCGUCCAUGAUCUCCAACAGAACUUCAAGGAUGGCCUUGAAGACAAGUGCCGAGCCGGUGCAACAAAUGCCGCGGAAGCUGCAAUACCAACAGUGGACGAGUUUGCGUCCUCGAUGCACUGGGCGACAUAUCGUGCGACCUUACGCCGUCACGGAUCCUGGCGCCGCGAUCUCAACGUUGAACUGAUCAACCCUUUCACAAAGAACAUUGCUCAUUCGUGGAGCAAGGUCUUUGAAUCGGACCUCUUCGGGCCGUUCCAAGCUGCCACCAUUGCCACCAUCGACACUAUCGUGAAGGAGGUCGAAGACUCGGCUGCACCUGGCCUCAAGGAUCGCGCAAAGCUUCAAGGCGAAGCAUGCGUGGAGGAAGCACGCGUAGCGCUGACCAACGCAGUCGAGCUUGUGAAACAAACUAUGAACACCGAGCAGAAAGAGGUCUCUAGAUGUCUUGCGCCUCAUAUCCAGUCGCAGCUUGUCGAAGGGUACGACAGAGCCAUGGAAGAGCGAGGGACAGGGAGUGUUGCCCGCCAAAAGGCAUAUUUCCGCGGCUUCAUUAACCAAUGCAAGGACGACAUCUUCGACGAUGGUGCCGACGUUGUUAUGGAGCGUUUAACCAAAGCUUCUGAUGCCAUUGGGGAGACGCUGGACGAGGCGAUGGGCAAACUCGCACAGAAGAUCGAGGUCAGUCUGGCAGUCCUCUGGGAAGGUGCACGCGACAACCCCGCGCAGUUGAGAGCACGCAAUGAAAUCAUUGACAUCGUGCAGACCAUCAUGGAACAGAUUAAAUACUGGAUGGAUGCGGUCAAAUUGAAGCAACAGGCCGGGAGGAACUUGACAUCCGCCAUGGAUGAGGAUUGA